GUAGGUUUGUGAGAGAGAGAGAGAGAGAGAGAGAGAGAGAGAGGGAGGGAGGGAAAUGGGAAGUGGAGCGGGGACGGGGAAAUGCAGCACGAUCAGGCACAUUGUGAGGCUGCGCCAGAUGCUGCGGCGGUGGCGGAUGCGGGCGUCGUCAGCGUCGUCGGCGCGGGCGGCGCCGGCGGACGUGCCGGCGGGGCACGUGGCGGUGUGCGUGGGGAGCAGCUCGCGGAGGUUCGUGGUGCGCACGGCGCACCUGAACCACCCCAUCUUCCGGCAGCUCCUCCGGCAAGCCGAGGAGGAGUACGGCUUCUCCUCCCUCCCGGGACCCCUCACCCUCCCCUGCGACGAGUCCCUCUUCGAGCACAUUCUCCGCCACCUCUCCUCCGCCUCUUCGUCUCGUUUCCUCAGUCUCGAGGACUUCCAGAAAAGCCCGCCGGCGUCCUCCUCUUGCUUGUGCUGCUGCUGCUGCUGCUGCCAUGCCGGCCACCGGAGCGGCGGCGGGUGGCAUGUUGCCGAAUCCCUCCCUCUCCUCCGCGCGGAGAAGCCGGUCUGGUGACUCUCUGAGGCAUUACAUCAAACAGCUUGGGUUCAUGGAGAUUUUCUUUUAUUAUUUUGUCUUCCUUUACUCUCCUCUCUCUAGGAUUGACAGGAGAUUGUUUGGUGGGAUGACCGGUGGUUGCAUUGGUCUAUUUUUAAUUUUUAGUUUUAGUUUUUUUCCCCGAAAAAUCGUAGCUCCAGAGGAGGUGAAGAGAGAUGGCAAAGAAGCGAUCGAGCCGAGUCGUCCCUCGUCGAAUUGGAGGAAGAAUCGAUUAAGUCUUCGAACCAGAGGAGGAGGAGGAGGAGGAGGAGGAGGAGGAAGAAGAAGAAGAAGAGGGAGAGAGCUUGGUUGAUCUCUCUUUGUAAAUAAUAAUGUGAUUGUCUCUAAUGAAUUAUUAUUAACAUAAC